UCGGUGUAUGAGAUAUUUGAAACACCUUUAAGAAUCAAAACAUCACCAGUGAAAACUUGCAAAGAGUAUUUAGCAUUCUGGUAAGACUAUUCAUGGUGGCCACAUCUCAAAGUUUUCAAGGUAUUGUUUUGUCUUUUCUCAGCAGGUAUGUGAUCAGUGACGAAAAUGUUGCAACUGUUUUGCAUCUGCAAAGUUCAAAGGAAGUCCUCUUUUUGUGGUGGAGCUUUCGACCAACCUUAUGCAGCCAAGUUCAGCCACUUUCUCAAACUGUCAGAGCGCUGCAGGUGCAAAAUGCAAGUGUCUCACCCUAACUCUAUGUUUUUAUUGUUUGCUGUUUUUUGCUAUUUGCCGUCUUAUAUAGCAGGGGUGGCUGUGAAGUAUUCACGUGAACCAUUCACUAAGGCAGAAGGAGCUUCAUUGUCGCUCACUUGCAUGGUGCAGUUUGGGAAAAAGGCAUGCAAAGAAAUUCAGAGCAAAUGGUGUUUGCUCUUGACACCAGACAACUGUAAGCCCCUUAUAGAUCCUCACAGGUACAUAAUCCACGUAAAUGAGACGGAAGACAGAGAAUAUCGAUUAAGAAGAAUUUUCAUCACGUUCAAUUCCUUAAAUCUUCAAGACAGCGGCUACUACCAGUGUAAUGCAAAAUGUGAGAGUGGAACUGAAGCCAAAGGCCAUCUUGUGCAUCUCGCUGUGACAGGUCCCAACGUAUCAAAAUGGAGCGGCCAGCACAAGGUGGACCCAGCUUUGUUUACACUGAGUGUCAUCUUACUUUUGUGGAGUUAAUUAAGUACAUUUUAAAAUGUUUUUAUAAUUAUUAUUUACACUUUUUAAAUAAUUUGUAACCUGAGACAAAAUCUUCGAUCACAUUUGUCUCUAUUUUAGCAUCAAGCAGUAUAAAUCCUUACAUUGCUGUACUACUGUAAUUUUCAUUAAGUAAGGUAUUUAUUUCUAAAUAUAAUUGGAAUAUUAGCUGGCCGAGAAAUAGAUGGUUUUUGUGCUGCACUAUAAGUGGAACAGUGGUCUGGGCCUAUCACCCGUGGCUGAAAAUAAAACCAAUGGUGUCAAAAGACGAUUCUCUAAAAUUGUACAACUGAUUUUACUGACAAGCAACACAUUCUCACUCCCGAGUCCCGACUCGUCAUUUACGCUCGGUCAGCGCCCUUCGGCGUCACUUUUGAACGCGCAGGGUACUCCUUUGGCGUCGUUUUUCGACGUGAAGGACACGCGAAUUUCACCGUCAUUAUUAAAAUGUAUAUUAGAUAUAAUUUGCAAUGAUGAUGUUUCGGGGUUUAAUUUAAGUUUAAUGGCGAGGAUAAUUGUGUUUACAUGACACUAUUCAGACAGUUUGAGCAAGUAAUCUAACAGUUUAUUUAUCGUAAUAUAAAACACAUAAUACAAGUAGUCACAUAUUCCAAGGGUACCUUCUUUUAGGAUUUAAUGGCGAUUUCCAAGGGUACCAACGCCAAACGGAACAUAUGCGAAAUGAGGAACAUAUGCGAAAGCGAUCACCGUCCGCCGUAAAUCUCAAAUCCAGUGAAGACUGAACGACGUUCAAAAUUUGCCGCCAGAGGAAGUUACGUCAGCUUCGAUGCCAUUGGCUGUCCCGUAUCUCGUGACCGAAUGCGUAAUUUCGUUGGCUUUGAACGUGAAACGGUAUUGGCUCCCGCAACCUACUGAAUCUAGCUGUUCCGGUUUAUCUUUAAAUGGGUGCCGACUUCAUGCAUUCACGGACACGCACGGCAUCUUCAUGUAAAGUUAUAGUACGGCUUUGGUGCAAAAAGGUCUUAGAAACGAGUGGUUUGUUAUAUUUUGUAAUGCUUUUGGCCAGUUUGUGCAAUAAAUACCCGUGACUGUACUUUUAUUCGCGUGCUGUGUUUUAUAUGGCUGAUAAGUGGUUAGGGUGAGGUUGGGGUACGUGCUACAAAAUAUUAAAACCAUAACAGCAACGCAGUUCCCUGUUCGUCUAAAAACGACGCCAAAAGGGUACCCUGCGCGUUCAAAAGUGACGCCGUAGGGUGCUGACCGAGCGUAAAUAUGUGACGAGUCGGGAGUGAGAACGGGUUGAUACAUACUUUUCUGUGUAUUAUUUUUAUUGUUAAUAUAGAUUGUUUGAUUAUUUUAAGUGAUUUGCAGCGUCAUACAUUUUCAUUUUAAUGUGAGAUGGAUAGUUAAAUAUUUACUUAUCCUUAGGGCUGUCACCAUUAUGAAAUUUGGCUGACGAUUAAUUGUCUAAUAAAUCAUUGCGAUUAUGACGAGGAUUAAUCGUCUGUUUUAGAGCUUUGACCUUUAAUUCUCAUACAUUUUUUAUUCAGCUUUGAAACGACCAUAUUGUUCUGAAUAUAAAGACUAUGUUCUUUUCCUUGGAAAUACAUAGGAAAACAUUGGGUCAUCAUACUUAAAGUUUAGGCGUUUACCUGUCAAUAAUACAACCGCCAAAUACUUGUAAAUUAAGUAAAUUGAUCAGGAGUGAAUUGAAGCCACCAUUAAAAUGCUAUCAGUCAUAGAAAAGCUUCUAGUCUGUUUUUUUCUCACUUGCAAGACUACAAUAAAAGUUUACUUCUAUGUUAAUGAGAUUUUGGUAGGCCGGUUUUCACACUGAAAUAAUAUUAAAUUGUACUGCAGGUUAUUUUGUUGGUAUAUGCUUUAGUUUUUUUUAAGUGAUUGUGUUGUGGUGGUACAUUUUACAAGUAUUACCAUGCUUUAGUUGCAAUAUAUACAAUAAAAUAUGCAAUAUGCAGAUGCA